GUACAUCGGAGGGCUAAAGGAGCGAACCCUCAAGGACCAGAUGGCAAAGGAUCCCAAGGAGGUCAUUCGCAAAGCAGUGCUGCGCAUGCUGCCCCGCAACCGACUCGUGGAUCCACGAAUGACGAAGCUGAGGAUAUUCGAGGGGGGCAGUCACCCAUUCGAGGACAUUCCUGCGAGGGAGGAGGCGAAGCCUGCCCAGCUCCCUCACCUGCUCCCACCUCCCAGAACCGUACUCUACCCCCAACCAUCACUCUUCCUUCUGCAUGCCCCCCCUUCCCCCCAGCCGCGCAUGAUGAAGCUGAGAAUAUUUGAGGGGGACAGCCACCCAUUCGGGGACAUGCCUGUGAGGGAAGAGACAAUGCCGCUAAGAAAUGUGAGGGAGAUGCGACCCAGGGAGAGGCGCGCUGCUGAUAAAGCCGCUCGUGCUGCUGCUGCCAAGGGCCUAGGUUCAACUGAGCAAGCAGGAGCAGCAGGGGAAGCGUAG